UACACUUCUUCCUCAUUUUCAUUCUCUCUCUUUCAAGUUUCAACUUUCAUGUCUGAAGCUCUGGCUUCUCUCACAUUCAUUCAUCGCUUGUUACACUUCUCUCAAUUUUGACUCUUUCUCUGGAUUCAUUGUCCGAUUUCAAAUUAAAAGUCAAAACUCCGAUCUCUUCACGAAUCCUGUUGGAGUAACCAUGAGUUUCUUGAGGCCCAGUGCAUUGUACUACUUCCUUGUGGCUUCUCCUUCAAUGCGAUGGAUGCCAUGUCAGAGUGGAGGCUUCUUCCGAUGGCCUGGUCUUGAUGGGUUCAUGAGGCUCCUUCUGCUUGCGCUUCUCUGGACCAUGUUCUCUGAACUUCACUACAUACCCUCUUCUUCUAUGUACCCUACCCUUCGUGUUGGUGAUCGAAUUCUCGUCGAAAAGGCUUCAUUUUACCUCAGGAGUCCUGCUGUAAAUGAUAUUGUAACGUUCCGGGAUCCAACAAAGCUAUCUAGAGACAAAAUGGAUGGUGUUUUCAUUAAGAGAAUUGUUGCAAAAGCCGGAGACACAGUUGAGAUUCGUAAUGGGGAACUCUAUGUCAAUGGUGUUGCACGGGAUGAAGAUUUCAUAGCAGGUCCACCAUCAUACACACUGGAGUUAACUCGUGUGCCUAAAGGCCAUGUUUAUGUUUUGGGGGAUAAUCGUAACAUCAGCAAUGAUUCCCAUAUGUGGGGACCACUUCCUGUGAAAAAUAUUAUCGGAAGAUAUGUCAUGUCUUGGCACAGACCAAGAAACAUUUGACACACAUAUCAUUAUCAAUUGGAGAUGUAUUGCAGGAAAUAGAGUUCUACCUCCAUGUGAUUUCCAUGAAGAGUUAUUUCCGAGUUAUUGAAUCAUAUUAUUUGCUAACUCUAACUGCCAUUUGGAUACUCAAAUACCCCUAGUGAGACUUCAUUCUUCUGUUCUUCCUUUGGAUGAAACAAUUAAGUCUUGUCUCACUAGGUAAAGUCGGCUACACGUAUUAGACAACACCAUAGUGUUCUAACAGGAAUCACAUUCAUAUCCGAACCAUUUACAUCCAAAUCUCUUUCAAUAUCACAAAAACAAACAAAAAAUAUUUCAUGUGAUUCCUGCUUGGUUCAUUGUUGUUUGAGCAUGGCAUUGCUGAUUGUUUAUAGGAAUCUGAUUUCUUUUGUAUUAUCCAUAAUAAAUUUGUUUAUAUGCAUUGAAAGAAAAAGAAAAGUGUGGAAAGGAGUAUUGAAUUAUUUGAAUCUUGCUCAAAACUAUGGCAUAAGUGAAAGAUACUUGUUAGUUGUUAUAGUGUCA